UAAGCGUGUAAACAAAAGCUUCGCUUUAGCGACUUCAUACCUCGCGUAUGUAUAAGACCGAAUCUGUUCGAUUUCUAAAAAAGAUUACUAAUCCAAAAACUUCGCUUUAGCGACUUCUCCUUCACUUUUCGAGGAAUCCUUCAUCAGUGGUUGCGCAUAGUACGCCCGGGUCAUCCCCUUGUCCAGGUUCUUCUAAAAUCCAAAGAAUCGUGAAUCAUAUAAUAUAUAUAAGAUAUAAGAGGGGAAGAAUCGACAAAGAAUGACGAACAUAAAAUCGUGAAUGAAAGAACUUUAGGAAAAGAAAUUAUCGACUAUAUUAUGUUAGAAGGUGCAAAAUCAAUAGGUGCCGGAGCUGCUACAAUUGCUUCAGCGGGAGCUGCUAUCGGUAUUGGGAACGUUUUUAGUUCCUCGAUCCAUUCCGUGGCGCGAAAUCCGUCAUUGGCGAAACAAUUAUUUGGUUAUGCUAUUUUGGGCUUUGCUUUAACCGAAGCGAUCGCCCUGUUUGCCCUAAUGAUGGCCUUUUUGAUUUCAUUCGUAUUCCGAUUUUUAUUUUCAAAGAAAGGGGAGCUGGCGGGGCCCCCAGUCGAGUAACAGACUGAAAGGGUUUGUGAGGUUCCUGCUAGGUUGUUUACAUGCUUACUUGUUUGAGUAAGGUCUCACUCUAGUGGGAAGAAGGCAGGUGGGAACGAGCGGAGCGAGAGCAAGUUCCAGUGGCGGGCUGUCUUCAUUGUCCCCCAAAAAGAUCAUGGUAUAGAACUCGAUGUAGUGCUUUUGGUGCUUUCUCGAUCAACUAUCUAACUUUAAUGAAGAAAGACAGUGAACCGGAAGUUUUUUGACUUCUUUUAUGAUAUGAGAUUUCUAGUUAGUGCUCCGUGGGAACAUACUUUCAUAUUCGUAGACGAGAUUCCUUUCAUUUGCUGGAAAGACGAGAGAGCUGACCAGAAAUGAAAGAUGAAAUAGCUGGUCCAGCUAUUUCAGAAGUCUGACACCACAUUGCUUUAUAGUAAAGAAAGAUAGGGGGGCGCUUUUUCAGGCCGGUCACUUUCAUUAAGGCAAAGGAUGCAAUAGCCUUAGGGGUGAUGAUAGAUCCGACACAGGUUCACAUCUGAUCCAACAUAGUUGAUAUGCAAAGGCGAUGGUCUUAAAUUGAAGACAGACAUAUUUGACAAAGAGCAGAGCGAUCUCAACGUAAAGGGUGGGUAUAGGUACCUGGGAGCAUAAUAGCCUAAAGUCCGAUACUCAAAAAGUCAAGAAGGGAGAAAGCCUCAUUAGCUACAGGCGGCCAGACUUCGGUACGAAAGGAAAGCAAAGUAGGGUUCUGCUGAAAUUGGAUUUUAUGCUUUUAUUUGAAACCGAAAGCUAUUUCAUAUUCCAUUUUGACAAGUAAAGGUUAUGAAAUAGCUUAGCCGAACUAUAGGGGCUAAGGAAUCAAAAUCUCACUUUUAUAUAUAUAUAAGAGUAGAGGGAAGGACUUUUUCCCAGUCCCGGAGAGAGAGUUCAUUUCACAACUUGGAAUUGGCCUCUUUUCAUAGAAAGAUGGGCGAUCUAAGGAUUGAGGUUCCACUUCGGAUUCGUUGAAAGAGACAUCCGUUCUAUUAAAAAAAAAAAGAGAUUUUUUUGACUGAGAAAAACUUGAACUGCUUGACCGCCAAUCAGCUAUGAAAUGAGCUGGCAGCCAUACCAGCUUACCUCUUCUCAGUCCCUACCGUGAAUAAAAUAAGGUUCCACGGGAACAGGAGCUGAGGCAGACUCAAAUGGUAUGAAGUCGCUAAAGCGAAGCUUUUGUUUACACGCUUAUGCGAAGCUUAAGGACCAAGAAAACUAUAGCGCGUUAGCGCAACGGCUUUCGCGGUAGCUCUGCCCUUGCUUGUUUUAAAGCUAAAGCUCUUCGAGCUUUUGAGCUUAAGCGAAGCUUUUGGAAAGCAGUUCUUUUUUUGAAUGAUUCCCAGCCAAGAAAGACUAGUUCGCUAGAAAGUCUGACUUGAUCGACAGGAACGUAGUCGCUUAAGCGAUCGGAGCGAAGUUUUUGGAAUGAUUUCAAAAAUAGGAAUUGUUGCCUGCCAAAGCAGCAAGGGAAAGAGAGUAUUCCAACAAGCCUAUCUCUAUCUAUUAGAUAUCACAGAAAAGAGUCCCUAUCACAUUCGGUUAGCUCGAAAAUGUGCAGACCAUUAGCGGCUGGACAUCAAGGCUCGGAGAGUGAGUGUUGAUGGUAGAAAAAAAUGAGGGUAGAACCCGCUUGGAGCAUCUCGCAUGUAUAUACGAUAUAAUAUAAACUACCUUUUGACUCGACAUCAAUCAACCUCACCCCGAACCCAGGGCGUGCGAUUCACUACUUUCUUUAUUCGCCCACGAAAAGAAUGUAAGCAGAAGAUGAACCACUCAGUGAAUUGACAUAAUAGGUAGACUAGACCGCCUACCAGUUCUUCUCUUUAUGGGAGGAGAACUUCUUCUUCUUCGUUACAAACGAAAACGAAUGAUCGCAUCUCUACCGAUCACUGUAAAGAAAAUGAGAAGCGAAAUUCCAUUUUUGGGCUUUUCCGCAGUGAAGUAGAUAACAGCAGUCUUUCUCCUGAUGCAAGUAAGUUGAGUUGAUUCGCGAGUCAGUUCUUUUCGUUAGUGGCAUUGAGCUAGUAAGCGAUCUUUUCCCUUCAAUUCCAUCGAACCCCGCACUCGGUUAAGCCCGUCGAUUCGUGGAAUGUAAUAGCGAAAGCUAUGCUUUUGGAAAUGACUUCACUUAAAAGACGGAUUCCGCUGCUGCAAGGCGAGAGAGCAACUUGUCUGGUCUUGCGGUGCACUCACUCCCGUUACAAGAAUGAGAUGAAGCUUUUUCUCGACUCGAGACCAAUACCCCUUACAACUCGCACCAAUAGCUGAGCGGCCGGAGAUUGAUUGAAAAGCCGGCCCGCCUCUUUAGGAUUGUGAUAAAGAGCACACACACGGGACCUGACCUACUAAUCAUCAUCUCAUCUAGCGCGAAGCAAAAAGAAAGGUCCCCCUUCCCGGCCCCCCUAGCCACCUACCUACUCGUGCUCGUAGCUCGAUCGGAGGUCAAGAGUGUGGUCCGGCGGAAAAACAGAAGUCGUCCGUAUCAAGUGAUACGUGAAUUGCUCAGUAGUGCUUCGUCACUACCGUAGCUGGCGGAAAUAGCUUAAUGGUAGAGCAUAGCCUUGCCAAGGCUGAGGUUGAGGGUUCAAGUCCCUCCUUCCGCUCCUGGCUUCGUCGUUUAGUGGUAAGGAGUGGAGUAGGCGGCGAGUAGAGUGCAUAAGUUUUCGAGUUAGAGAGAGGCAAUGAAAUGGAAGUGGGAUGUGGAAUGUGAUUGGUGAUGGAUGGUGGUUAUGAAAUAGGUUCGGGAUCAUCUCGCAUCUAGAUCUGCUGUUUUUUCGGGAGGGAACAAGAGAAUGAGGUUUGUUUCAUUUUGAAAGAAAUGCUUUUCUAGGAUCGACACGAGUUUUAGACAGCGUCUUGAACUCUGGGACCGCACUCUGUAUGUCGGCCUCAAGUUCCUCGGCUAGGCAACUACUAAUCCUUCUUCUCUUCCUUCUCGCCUUUCUUCUAAAAAAGUCUUUUUUUCUUGUUCCAAGUAAGUGAAUUUGACCUUACUCAUUCAAGUAAGUCAAUUUCAUUGCCUUCGCCUUCGGCUACUACCGGCUGGAAAGGCUUGGCUCAACAUUGGAUUUGUUUGAAAAUAACCAAGGUAUGAAUAAAGCUCUUCGCUUAUGCGAAGCUUAUGGAGCAAGAAAACUGAGUGACUAACUCAAACUUCGCCCGUUGCUUGUUCAAGACUGACAAGAUCUGCCCUGGGACUGAUAGCCUUUGAACUUUCUUACUUGAGAGCGAGGGACUGACUUAUGCUAGAACGCGGGUAGACUUUCUUUGAAAAGUAUGUAGUAGAUUAAGCUUAUUAAAGCUUAUGGAAAGUUCCCCGUCAUCAAAUUGGAAUCCUUCUGCUUUCGAUGGCGGUCCAGCCUAUAUAAUAUACCUUAUAAAGAUCCAGACUAGAUAAUAAGCUAGCCUAGUAGCGGGGAAGUUUUUUCUUUCUCAGUGCAGUUGGGAGAAAGUUGAGUCCAUUCUUAUGAGGCUUACAUCUCGCGCAGUAAUAGAUAGAUCUCUUUCCCUUAAAGGGAAUAGCUUAUCUUAAGAAUUCGUUCUUUCCCUAUCGGUCGAGCUAUUUCAUAACCUGACUUGAUAGAGUCAGUAAGAUGGAUCUUCUCUAGUCUUUCUUAUAUGUGGUUGGUCACGCCCAUUAGU